GACACCGGAGAGACACCGAGCUCCAACGGAGAGACGACCCGCACCUCCGCAGCGCAGACUGCAUAUAACCUUCAUAGGGAUCAAGUCUAUCUACGUCCCAGUGCCACACUCUUCGUAGCAUUUCCAGGUUGAAGGUGACCUGAUUGCCACUCAUUUGCCCAUUGCUCCAUCACAUGUCUGAGGACAUGAGCUUUCACAUGGAGGAAGAAUCAGGCUCUCCCUGCGGCUCCAUUAGCCAACUUCAACAUAUGGCCAACAGUUACAACGAGGGUUGUGGGCAGCGGGACGGGGUCCAGCUGGAACCGCAGCUGGGUUUGGCCUCGGAGGGGAGCGACAGCAGCCAUGAGCACGCGGCCUCGGCAGGCUCCCCUCACGACGAGAGGAAGCGGUCUCGCCCGCCCUUACACGAAGAUGUAGAGAUGGGUGGCAGCGGCUCAAGUGGGAGCGGGACAGAAUCCCACGGUAACGAAUCACACGGCAAUGAUUCCCAUGGCAAUGAAUCUGUGGGCAGCUCUAGUGGCAUUGGCAAGGAUUCGGCCCUCCAUGAGUCGUCAGCAAGCAACAAGAGCUCAAACUCUCAUAGCCCGUCGCCGCCUAGCAGCUCCAACGCCUUCAGUCUGGUGAGCUCCGAGCAGGACAACCCGUCAACCAGCGGCUGCAGCAGCGAACAGUCGGCCAAGGCUAAGACUCAGAAGGAGCUUUUCAAGACCCUCAAGGCGCUGAAGAUGCACUUGCCAUCGGAGAAAAGGAGCAAGGGCAAGUCCAGCACCAUCAACACGCUCAAGUAUGCCCUGCGAUGUGUCAAACAGGUGAAAGCCAAUGAGGAAUACUACCAGAUGCUGAUGAUCAACGACAGUCAGCCAUCAGGGUUCGAUGUAUCAUCCUACACCAUUGAGGAAAUCAACCGCAUCACUUCUGAAUACACCAUGAAAAACACUGAUAUAUUUGCAGUUGCUGUCUCACUCAUCACGGGAAAGAUUGUUUACAUCUCAGACCAGGCGGCGUCCCUAUUGAACUGCAAACGGGAACGGUUCAACAAUGCCAAGUUUGUGGAGUUCCUAACGCCACAGGACGUCAGCGUGUUCUACAGCUUCACCACGCCCUAUCGGUUGCCCUCGUGGAGUAUGUGCACUGGAGCAGAGUCGUCUCCCACGGAGUGCAUGCAGGAGAAGUCCUUCUUCUGCCGCAUCAGUGGAGGUAAGGAGCGUGAAGGGGAUCUUCAGUAUUAUCCAUUCCGUAUGACUCCCUACCUCAUGAAAGUCCAGGACGCUGAGCUGGCUGAGGAACAGUUCUGCUGCCUCCUGCUGGCUGAAAGGGUGCACUCCGGAUAUGAAGCUCCCAGAAUCCCCCCUGACAAGCGCAUCUUCACAACCACACACACGCCUAACUGUGUGUUCCAGGAUGUGGAUGAGAGGGCUGUUCCUCUGUUGGGUUACCUCCCUCAGGACCUGAUCGGCACCUCUUUGCUGCUCAAUCUGCACCCAAGUGAUCGUCCCUUAAUGCUGGCUGUUCACCGCAAGAUUCUUCAGUGUGCUGGUCAGCCCUUCGACCACUCCUCCAUCCGUUUCCGUGCACGCAAUGGCGAGUACAUCACCUUAGACACCAGCUGGUCCAGCUUCGUCAACCCCUGGAGCCGCAAGGUCUCCUUCGUCAUUGGCAGGCACAAAGUCCGGAUGGGUCCUGUGAACGAAGACGUUUUUGCAGUGCCUGAUUUCCACGGAGGGAAGAUCAUGGACUCGGACAUCCAGGAAAUUGGUGAACAGAUCCACAGGCUGCUGCUCCAGCCGGUCCACAAUACAGGCUCCAGCGGUUAUGGUAGCCACGGCAGCAACGCUUCUCACGAGCAACUUGUGAGCAUCAACUCGUCCAGCGAGAGCAACGGGAACAUGACCCAGGGGAUCGCAGCGGAGGAGACAGGCAAGGCCAAGCCACCCAGGACAUUCCAGGAGAUUUGUAAAGGGGUUCACAUGCAGAAGAACCAUGAUUCUCAGGUCUGCUUGCACUCCCCCUCAUCACUGCCAAGCAAACAUGAGCAGAAGAAGACCGCUGAUGCAACUGCAGCAGCUCAGAAGAGUCCACCAGUGCGUCUGAAGGACUCUGUGCCCCAUCUGCAGGUCAGAGACAGUACUGCAGCUGCCACGGAAGACUUCACCUGCAGGGACCAGAGCAUUUGCUCCUACCAGCAGAUCAGCUGCCUCGACAGUGUUAUCAGGUACCUGGAGAGUUGUAACAUCCCCAUCACUGUGAAGAGGAAGUACGAGUUCUCAUUGAACACCACCUCCUCCAACUCAGAUGAUGGCAAGAAGGGCUCAGAGGACGCCAUGCAAAUGGCUCAGGAUACAAACACAGAGCCUUCGAUGAUGGACACCCAGCCAGGCCUGUCAAACAUGAAAGCACCUAAAAAGCCUCUAUCUGGGGCCGCUGCAGUGGUAGGAGGCCCCCUGCCCCCCCCCACUCUGCUCAGCAAGGCUGAGAGUGUGGUGUCCAUCACCUCGCAGUGCAGCUACAGUAGCACCAUUGUUCAUGUGGGAGACAAGAAGCCUCAGCCAGAGUCUGAGAUAAUCGAGGAUGUGGCAGAGAGCCCAGCGCCUCCAGCUCUGUCCGUCAGCAUGGUGUCUCAGCUAAGCCAGGAAAAGGAAACCUACAAGAGGCUGGGACUGACCAAGCAGGUGCUGGCAGCACACACACAGAAAGAAGAGCAGACCUUCCUGAACCGCUGCAGAGAACUCUGCGACGUCAGGAGCUUCCAGAAGGACUGUUCCAAAUAUCUGCACAUGCAAAGAGGCCAAGCCAACGCUGAAGAAUCCUCUGGACUUCGAGGGGCUGCCAAACAUGGCACCACCAGACCUGAGACCAACGCUAAGAAGGGCAAUCGCAGCAGGAAGUCAAAGAAGCCACGAAUGAAGCAUCCUGAUUCGUCAGACAGCGCAACGUCUAACCGCAAACCCAGGCCCCCUCUCCAGGGACUCAACCAGACCUCAUGGUCACUGUCAGAAGCCUCUCAGUCAGCUUUCAGCGUCUCCUACCCUGCCAUGGUGCCUGCAUACCCGCUCUACUCCCCAGCACCCGCUGCCUCCGCUCAGCCCCCUCAUCUUGACCCCUCACUUUCCACAGGCUUUGGAGAGGGACAGAGCACUCAAGCCCCGCCUACAGCCACUCCGUUCCCCACUCCUAUUGUUACACCAGUGGUGGCUCUGGUUCUGCCAAAUUACCUCUUUCCGCAAAUGGGACAAAUAGGACCGAUAGGACAAAUAGGACCAAUAGGACCGAUAGGACAAAUAGGACAAAUAGGACCAAUAGGACCGAUAGGACCGAUAGGACCGAUAGGACCGAUAGGCCCAGUAGGACAAAUAGGACCAAUGGGACCAAUAGGACCAAUAGGGCAGCUGGGCGCUGCUCCCAGUCCAGCGUUUUUUGUUGAGCAGUCCCAAACGCAACCUGCGUAUACUACCCAGCAGCCCUUUCGACCCCCGCAGACAGCAUACACCAUGCAAACACAACCCCCCUUUGCUAACCAACAGCCGUUCCCUGUGCACACUGCCUUUACCCCCCAGCAGCCAUUCCAAGCCGCUCAGAGGGCCUACACUACCCAGCAGCCUUUCCAGGCCCCUCAGACUGCCUACCCUGCACAGCUGCCCUUCGCUGCCCAGCCUUCGUUCCCUGUGCAGACUCAGUUUGUCCCUCAAACCCCUUAUCCAGCGCAGCCUUUCUCCUACAGCCUAGGUCCAGAGCCCCCGAAAGUCCAAGCCAUGGAGUCUCGCUCCUCCACCCCUGUCUCUGGGAACUGGGAGCCAGCAGCUUCACCACCGCUGUUUGAGUCACGGUGUAGCACACCUCUGCAGCUCAAUCUGCUGAGCAUGGAGGACGGGCAGCGGUCAAUGGAACGUCAGGACAGCACAUUGGCCUCUGCUGGAUGCCAGGGCAGCAGCACAGCAGCAGCAUCAGGAGCCGGGGCAGUAGGGGAGAAGAACGGCUGCACAGCCAAGACUGAAAACCAUCAACAGGUGGAGUCUCCAGGAGAUGAGGCUCACAGUGAGGGUAACUCCUCAUCCUGCGACCUGCUGGACAUCCUGCUGCAGGACGGGGAAGACUCUCAUUCCGCCACAUCUGAAUCCAUGGGGUCAGGAUCAGGAUCAAGAUCGGGGUCUGGCUCUGGAUCUGGAUCGGGAUCAGGAUCUGGAUCAGGAUCGGGGUUGGGCUGCAACGGCUGUGGUACCUCAGCGAGCCGAGCCUCUGGCAGUAGAACAGGGAGCAGCCACACCAGCAAAUACUUUGGCAGCGUUGACUCCCUGGAAAACGACCCCAAGACGAAGGCCAAACACAAGGCUAGGAGCAAAGAAGGCUCUGAAGUGUGCCAGUCCCAGGCCAAAGCCUCUACGCAAGGGGAAGGAGAGCACUUAAUCAAAUACGUUCUCCAGGAGCCCCUCUGGCUUGUUAUGGCUAAUGCUGACGACAAGGUCAUGAUGUCAUAUCAGAUGCCAUCGAGGGACAUUCAGAAGGUUCUACGGGAAGACAAGGAGAGACUGAGGCAGAUGCAGAAGAGCCAGCCCCAUUUCUCCUCAGACCAGCGACGAGAGCUGCUGGAGGAACACCCGUGGAUGAGGAGGGGGGGUCUGCCUGCUGCUAUCAAGUUAAAGGAGUGUGUGUACUGUGAGGACACAGUAGGGAGGCCCAUCGAGGAGGACAUGCUGGACAUGGACAUGGAAGAGCUGAGCGAGCAGCUGAGCCGAGGGGGUCAGAACAAACAGAACCAGUCAAAGGAUUCUCAACCUCGACCAGUCUCCGGCUCCUGAACAGUCAUAUACCCUCAUGUCGCCAGCAGGGGGACACAAAAAGGCUUGACUAGCCCUGAACCCUCACGAUGCACAAACGCACACACAUCGUGUGAGAUGUGCCUCUCUUCACAGAAACAUACAUACAAGCAAACAAGCAGAACUUAUAAGGAUAUGCUUUGUUUGUUUUUUUGUGUGUAUGAAUGUGUGCGUACUUUACAUAGGGUUGCCAUUGGAGUGCCGUUUGUUGUACACCCACAAGGGGGCAGUAGUGCUUUAUAGUACUUUGUUCAGCUCACACACCAACACUCUGAAAUGGUCCAGGGGGCUGGGGACCUUUAAACCUCUGAGAUUUUUUAGAAUCCAAUCCUCGCUGUCAGAGGCUGAGCUUUACAGCAAAAUGAAGAGUUAUUAUCAAAAGAAAUGUCUAGGUUGAUAGACAGUGGACCUAUUUUAAAUACAAAUAUCCUAAAUUAGAAAUAUAUAUGAAUUAGAAAUGUUAUUCUGACAAAAUAGUUGUCAUUAAACAACAAUUUCAAGGUGUUCCCACCGUGCCUGCUGUUUUCCCAUCAGGAAGUAAUACACUAGUUGUGGUGAUUAUCGGAGGAUGUAAUAUCCUGGCACUAAGCGGUGGUUGCACUUGACUCAGCAGCAGUUUACAACCAGUGUAAACUCAACAAUGACAAUCUGAACUAGUGCAAAUCUGAUUUUAGAUCAAAUCUUAUUUCUUUUUUACCAGAUGAUGUAUGAAGUAGUUAUUUUUAUGCUCAAGCCAAACCAACUCAGCAGAAUCAUGCUACUCAGGAGCAAAGUUUACAUGUGUUAAGAAUGAACACAAUAGGAUAUUUAAAGUCACCUCAGUCUGUAACUAAAAACUGGAGCUCACAUGACAGAAAAACCUCAAAGUGUUGGGGACCACUGCGGACCUUUAAACAGCAUGAAGAGGCGGGCGUCAUAACAGCUUAAGAAGCUGCUGAAAAGGAUUUUUGUUGCAUUAAAAACAAUACGUCAUAAUGUCGAUGAUGCACAACAGGACCGACAGGAUGUAGAGACUUAAACUGCAGCCUUUCUAGAUUAGUUUCUGUGGAUUGGACUUCAUCUCCGCACUGAGAAACCUUUUUUCUACAAUACUGGCAUAGUUCAAGGGCCACCAUGAGGACUCCCAGUCCAAAGUCUCUGCAGGUGCCAUAGUACAGCUUCUUGAAUGCUCUGACAUGGGUUUCGUGGUGGGACACAGCUUCGGCCUAACUACAGUUAGAAGUGAAGAACCUGUGGUCCACGUUGACUCUCACUCUGUGGAGUCGAUGUGAACAGUGUGAGAACUGGGAACAACUGGUGCUAAGGGAGAGAAACAGUCAGGGCAAGGCCUUUGAAUGUAACACAGGCUGGACCAAAGAUUAUCUCAUUGGGUUAGUUUGUUUCUUCUUUUUGUUUUAUUAUUAUUUUUUUUUUUUUAUGAUUUCCUGUUCACUUUCAGAACUUUUUUUUGUAUUGCUCUAUUUUUUUUAUUUUUUAAUCCCAGGUCAUCUAACUGUAAGCAGAGAACCGUGUGUGUGCAUGUCGUCACAGCACAGCGGACAGAGCGGUCGGGUAAUGGUUUGUUGACUCCUAUACUGUUCCUAUGGAUGAGUGCAAAGAGAAAACAGAGCCCCGCAGCCACCUUUACCAACUGCAUUCAAUCUCUGUCUUUGUCUCCUCCUGUGCGAUAUAUGUCAAAGGCACCGGGCCUCCAACACUCACCUGUGUCUGAACCAGUGAGAAUGCAAGAAUGUAAUUUAAUUCACGUCUGAGCUGAAGUGUGGGAAUGAGAUGUGAACGCAGGGAGUGAAGCCACACGUAUUUUUGUAGCCUUACUUUUGUCUUAAGGCCUCACAAAGAGGGAAAUGCAUUUAAAGUGCAACACAAUCUGGUGGGCUGUUGGAAGCACCCUGAUCUGUAAAUGCAAACAGCUGUGGAACAUGAUGGUCUUAUAAAUUGUUUUCAUUGCAGCUGUAUGAAUCUGUUGUUUGUUCAACUAGCACAGUUCUGUGUUGUUUGACACGUGGAAACAAUGUUGUAAUAAAAACUACAAAAAUA